ACCCCACUCUUCCUUUUAACUAUCCCUGCUUUAAAACCUCAUCAACAACCCCUCGCUCCCUCUCUCUGGUGGGAAAAGAAAGCAAAAGAAGGGGAGGAGAGAGAUUUUCGAUCAAAUUCUCAGAUCUCUCUCUGCACGAGUUCAAGACCUUUAAUCGCUUUAUCAAAUAACCAAAAUGGGCCAGCAAUCGUUGAUCUACUCAUUCGUUUCAUGUGGAAAUGUGAUUCUUGCUGAGUACACAGAAUUCAGUGGCAAUUUCAAUUCCAUAGCGUUUCAGUGCCUCCGGAAGCUCCCUACCACCAACAAUAAGUUUACUGACAACUGCGAUGCCCACUCCUUCAAUUACCUCGUCGACAAUGGCUACACCAUGGGACGUGGUAGAAAGCGGCAGCUACCGGAGUUAACCCUCGAUGUAUCGACGGAACUGCCAGAAAUCGACGGCAAUUCCCCGGAGUGUUGUGGAUCCAAGGCGGGACAAGGAGGCGGCGAUGUUUUGCCACAUGGAAAGGAGCAAUCUACGGAAAAUAAGAGCACUACAGUGUAAUCAAGAACACUACAGUUGGACCUGUUGAACAGAGAGGUGAAAAAGUGGAAAAAGUUGAAGACGAAAGCCCAGCGAAUGAUCAGACGAUGAUAGAGAGAGGUCAAGCUCGCCGCUCUUGGUGUUUACAAGAGUUGUAAGAGCUUAUGAAGUAUAAAGAGAUGAAUUGAGCAUAAAAAGAAGCAAAAGGAGCUUAGGAGUGUCUUAUUCAUGGUAUUUGGAGGCUAAUGGUGAAAAACGAACAGAUUCGAACAUCAGGUCAUAUUAAGCUUUUUUAGACAGCCUUAAUAGAACUUGUAUGUAAUUCACUAUUUAGAGUGUAAAUCUGGCCUUAUGGGCUUAGAGGGACCUUAAUUGAUAUAUAAAAAUUAAUGCUUGUUUGGUUUCUA